AUGGAUGUUCGUCCUCUUCAAGAACGUAAAAGUAGGGAAAAUAAGUCUCCUGAUCUGUGUGCACUUCGUCGUAAACGUGACAGAGAAAGAAAACAGGUGAAAAGGGCUGCUGAGACUGCUGAGCAACAUGAGAAGCGGUUAAGAAAA